AUGAGCUUUCCCUUCCAUAUCACCGAACAUGUCAUUGAUGCAGCGUACAUUCGAGACAAUGCUCGUGCUACAGCUACCCCGGAUGCCCCCUUGAAACUAUGUGUUAAACAAUAUUCUCCCAUCGAUAACCUGGACCCCCGACCGGGCGAUGUGACCGUUGUUGCCGCUAAUGGCAUUGGAUUUCCCAAGGAGGUAUACGAGCCUCUGUGGGAAGAACUCCUGGCGAGAUCCAAGAAAGAUGGCUUCCGUAUUCGCGCAAUCUGGAUGGCCGACCCAGUGAACCAAGGCGCCAGUGGCAUUCUCAAUGAACAACAUCUCGGAAACGACUGGACCUGGAGUGAUAACAGCCGCGAUAUUCUUCAUAUGGUAUCCCAUUUCCGCACAGAGAUGCCCCGGCCAAUACUGGGUAUCGGCCAUAGCGCAGGCGCAGGCGCACUCAUCCUCGCGUCUCUCUUCCAUCCAAGCCUCUUCUCCUCACUGCUACUGAUUGAGCCCUGGAUCACCGACCAGCCCGGAACACCUGAGGCGUUUUUGCUGCUCGUCAUGGCGACCCAAAGGCGCGAUACCUGGCGCUCGCGUGCAGAAGCUACUGAGAAGUUGCGCAGGAAUCUCCGUAACUGGGACCCGCGCGCAUUCCAACGCUGGACAGAAUUCGUGUUCCGUGAGCUGCCUACGGCGAUUUAUCCAUCGCCACCUGCGCAGCCCGGAGCUGUGACGUUGGCAACAACGAAGCAUCAAGAGGUCAUGUCGCUUACAUACAUCAAUCCGCGGAAACAAACCAUAGUCCAGUUCCCCGGCGAAGAAAGUGAAGAAAACAGAGCAAAGCAGAAGGCGCUGGUUCCCGGGAGACAGGGGUAUCGGACUGAAUCCAUCGCGGCCUUCAAAUUGAUGCCGCAUCUGGGGCCGUCCACGCUUUUGAUCAGUGGGUCGCAGAGUCCGCUCUAUAAGUCAGGAAAGCAUACAGAUGCGGCAAAGAUAGCUGGGACAGGGUUUGGAGGAAAUGGCGGGAUGGCUUCUGGCCGUGUCCGUCACGUUGCUAUUGAUAAGGGGACUCAUAGUCUUCCAAUGGAGGAAGUUGAGGCCACUGCAGAGGCGAUGGGGCCUUGGAUUCAACAAGAGAUGCAACGGUGGAAGCAGGAUGAGGCUCAGCUGGCGCAGGAUUGGGUUGCUCUCUCUACUCAAGAGAAGCUGACCUUUCCUUCGGAGUGGAUUCAAAUGUUAGAAAUCCUCAAAGCAAAGAUAUAG